GUUCAUGACAACUUAUAUAGAAUUAUAUGAGAAAUUUUCAGGAUCAUAGGGUUAGCAGUUGCUAAUGGUUCGAAAGUCAUUAACUGAAAGGUGUCAAGUAACUUUUAUCAAAAUCAUUAAUCCCUGGGCAGCCCUUAACAAUGUCAUCUGGUGGAACUAUUUGGAACUAUCGUAAAAUAUAUCCCUCGAAAGUGAUCGACUACAGCAUGGGACACAGUACGCUAUGAAACUCAAAGUUCUUUAAAGCUGACUCUCUUUAUCAGAUGGGUCGAAAUUAGUGGCAGAUUAAAAUGAGUGCCAAAACAUUGAGUUCAAUCGCAGAAGAAUAUUUCUACAGCAUAAAUCCUCUAGCUCAGAGGAUAGGCCAGGAUGUGGCUGCAACAAAAGAGGCUUAUGAAGGAUUGUGGAACGCAUUAAGUAGUGCGGAGCGUAAUCAGGCAAUUGAUGAGACUAUAAUUCAGCCAGAGGUCGCAUUAAAGUAUACCUUGAAGAAAGUGGAGCCUGCUAAAGAUGUACCGGAAUGUUUUCCAAAACUACGCAUUCAGACUGGAAUGAAGUAUGUCAUUGAUGACACAGGAUCGACUUUACGCUGGCGUGAUGAACAUUCUGCUCCAUUUUCAUUCAUGACGCAAUCUCAAAUGAAUCUCAGUCUGUCAGAUUCCUUAGAAGAUACAAAACUGAAACCUUUAAAUAGUUAUGUUGGGGAGUCAUCUCAUUUUGCAAGUCCUCUUAAUAUGCAAAAGAAUGUAGACAGUUCAGUCAAUGAUAAUUAUGGUCAUAUAGAUUCUACACCCAAUCAGCUUAAUUUUUAUCAGACUGAAAGUUUUUCCAAUAAUGUAUUUGGUAGUGGUGAGUGUACCAAUUUGUUGAGUAUGGAUAGCGAGAAUUCAGAUAAUAUCUUCACUAAGCUAAUCAAUAAAACGUCUCUAUUAAAAAUACAGAACAACUUAGAUGAUGAUAUGGAGAGUUUAGUACCCCAAAAGAGUUUAUCUGGAAAGAAUUCACAAAAAACCUCGAAUAGCGAUAAGAAUCAAAUGAAUAUUAGUUUAGUAACAGGGAGGACUAAGUCCAAUGAGAUCGAUGAGUCCACUGCUCUUUUAGAAACACCUAGUUCUUACAGUAGUUUUCAAUCUUCCCAACUUAAUGAAGAUGAUGGAAUUCCAAAAACAGGAUUCGAAUUUUUAGAUAAUUGGUAACAACACACUUAAAAUUAAUUGCAGAGCACAAUUUUUAAUUUAUUCCAUUUAUGUCCUCCCAUUUACAGUAUCAAAAAUUCUGUUUAAUUUAAAAUCAUAACACAGUCAUAGCAAUAGAAUUGCAAGCACAUUCUUGUUUACCAACAGAUGAAAUGCAUCUACCUCGCUUUAUUGACAUUCAUAGUUUUGUUGCUUCAGCUGUUUUAUAUUAAGCAACAUAUUCUGUGUCAAUAUAUUUCAAGUAAGUUUACAAAGCUCAAAGUGCAUUACACACACAGAAAAAGUAAAUCUUUUUCUAUGAGACAGAUAUAUAAUACAUAUCCAUAAAUAUGUUACAUUUGUAGAAUUAUGAUAGUACUAUAAAGACAGAGGAUUAGUUAUAUAUAUCACUGUUCCCAUUAAUUCUGUAUAAAUCAUCAAUAUUAUCCAUAUAUGCGACUAGAGUAUAGAUUGUUUUACACAAGAAUAUUGUGACCAUUUAUGCGUACACUACUUUUCAAGUAAAACGUGACCGACAAUACAGAGAGAAAGCUGUCUUUCUCCAGUAUCUGAUUAAAACAUCUUUCGUACUUGUCGGUUUUCACUAUGAGAAUCGUAUAUGCAGCCACAGUAGUUUCACCACAAGUCAUAUAACCAGUAUCUGUGAAACUCUGUGGAUCAGGAAAAUACAAAAAGAAGUAUUGCAUCUCGAAUGAGAUGUUCAAUGAAAUAUUAUUUAAUUAGUAAUGAAUUUCGCGUAGCGUUGUAACAGAAAAAAAUGUUAACUAUGCUCUCUUAUAACUUAUUUUAGAAUAUUAUAUAUUGAUAUUUACGCCAUUAUAAUAUGCCAAAACUAUUUGUUUUUCUAUGUAACGUCGUGUUAGAAUUUUUAACAAAUAAAUUGUAUCUUCAUGAGAAAAAGUGA